AUGCCGAAACACACCAGGAACUCGAGCAGCUCUCACAGCCGCUACGGAGCCCCAAUGCCCGUCAAUCUCGCGCCCUCUCCUCUGUAUAGCCAGCAACGCAUGUCUGCUGUACAGGGCAACUACUACAGCAUCCCUACUACCUCCGCCUCCUCCAUGGCGCUGCAGGCUCAGGCCCAGGUCCAGCAGCCCAACUACGACUCGUACGCGACCAGCACUGCGUCCGCCGUCUCCGUCCCGCCUCCCGUUCAACACCGCGCCAGCUCAGGAGCCUGGACGCCGCAGGAUGACCAGCAGCUCUUGAGUGCCCGCAUGCAGGGCCUCAACUGGGGUCAGAUCCAGGCCAACUUCUUCCAGACCAAGACACCCAAUGCUUGCCGCAAGCGCCACGAGCGAUUGAUGGAGCGCAAGGGUUCGGACGACUGGGACAACCAGAAGCUUCAGCGACUUGCCCGUGAGUACAUGAGCAUGCGCAAGGAGAUCUGGAGUGGCCUCGCAGCCCGAACUGGAGAGAAGUGGAAUGUCGUGGAGCAAAAGUGCAUGUCCAACGGCCUCAAGAAUCUGCAAAGCGCAGCCCGGGCCGCUGCCCGCCGCGACCGCCUCGAGUCAGGCGGUGCUCUCUCAGGGUAUGACGACGACAGCGGCAUCUCCGGCAUGGGCCUGACCCCGGUUGACGAACUAGACGCAUCCUAUAGUAGCCCCGAGACGACGUCGUCGGUAAUGCACUCGGCACACUCCAGCACGGCUUCGGCUGCGGCCACGUACCAGGCCAUGCAGCAGCAGCAGCAACAUCGACAGCAGCAGCAGCCUCACACCCACAUGACGGCGCUCGGCGCGAAUCCCGCAGCGUACGGCUUGGGUGCAUACGGAGCCGGCUACGGAGGUCACGGAUACUCAUCGAGUGUGAGCUCUACCGCCAGCGCCGGACAUGGAUACGGAGCACACGCCGGCAAUGGCCACAGCCAGGGAAACAGCCCGUAUCUGAGCACACAUCGACCCCAGAGUUCAGAUAUGACCCUCGGGGCCAUCAUUAAUAGGCCCCGUGGUGGUCCUGGUGUCUAA